GAGCCGAGGGGUCCCACUGGGAGAGUCGGGAGGGCGCGGUGAGACCCCAGGGGUGCGGGGCGGGGGAUCCCAAUCCCCGCCCUAUUUUCCCCGCCCCCCCCUCCGCCCCUCUUGUUGGAAAGUUUCUAGAAUCUCUUCCCAGCGGCCUUUGCGGUUCCAACAUGGCGGAGCUGACGGUGGAGGUUCGCGGCUCCAACGGGGCUUUCUACAAGGGAUUUAUCAAAGAUGUUCAUGAAGACUCCCUCACAGUUGUUUUCGAAAAUAAUUGGCAACCAGAACGCCAGGUUCCAUUUAAUGAAGUUAGAUUACCACCACCACCUGAUAUAAAAAAAGAAAUUAGUGAAGGAGAUGAAGUAGAGGUUUAUUCUAGAGCAAAUGACCAAGAACCAUGUGGAUGGUGGUUGGCUAAAGUUCGAAUGAUGAAAGGAGAAUUUUAUGUCAUUGAAUAUGCUGCUUGUGAUGCCACUUACAAUGAAAUAGUCACAUUUGAAAGACUUCGACCUGUCAAUCAAAAUAAAACUGUCAAAAAAAAUACCUUCUUUAAAUGCACUGUGGAUGUUCCUGAGGAUUUGAGAGAGGCGUGUGCUAAUGAAAAUGCACAUAAAGAUUUUAAGAAAGCAGUAGGAGCAUGCAGAAUUUUCUACCAUCCAGAAACCACACAGCUAAUGAUACUGUCUGCCAGUGAAGCAACUGUGAAGAGAGUAAAUAUUUUAAGUGACAUGCAUUUGCGAAGUAUCCGUACAAAGUUGAUGCUUAUGUCCAGAAAUGAAGAGGCCACUAAGCAUUUAGAAUGCACAAAACAACUUGCAGCAGCUUUUCAUGAGGAAUUUGUUGUGAGAGAAGAUUUAAUGGGCCUGGCAAUAGGAACACAUGGUAGUAACAUACAGCAAGCUAGGAAGGUUCCUGGAGUUACAGCUAUUGAGCUAGAUGAAGAUACUGGAACAUUUAGAAUCUACGGAGAGAGUGCUGAUGCCGUAAAAAAAGCUAGAGGUUUCUUGGAAUUUGUGGAGGAUUUUAUUCAGGUUCCUAGGAAUCUUGUUGGAAAAGUAAUUGGAAAAAAUGGCAAAGUGAUUCAAGAAAUAGUGGACAAAUCUGGUGUGGUUCGGGUGAGAAUCGAAGGAGACAAUGAAAAUAAACUACCCAGGGAAGAUGGAAUGGUUCCAUUUGUAUUUGUUGGCACUAAAGAAAGCAUCGGAAAUGUGCAAGUUCUUUUAGAGUAUCAUAUUGCUUAUCUAAAGGAAGUAGAGCAGCUAAGAAUGGAACGCCUACAGAUUGAUGAACAACUGCGACAGAUUGGUAUGGGUUUCAGACCUUCUUCCACCAGAGGGCCUGAAAAAGAGAAAGGAUAUGCCACUGAUGAAAGUACCGUCUCUUCUGUACAAGGUUCUAGGUCUUAUAGUGGAAGAGGCAGAGGUCGUCGGGGCCCUAAUUACACCUCCGGUUAUGGUACAAACUCUGAGCUGUCUAACCCCUCUGAAACAGAAUCUGAGCGAAAAGACGAGCUGAGUGAUUGGUCAUUGGCGGGAGAAGAUGAUCGAGAAAGCCGGCAUCAGCGUGACAGCAGGAGACGCCCAGGAGGAAGGGGCAGAAGUGUUUCAGGGGGUCGAGGUCGUGGUGGACCACGUGGUGGCAAAUCCUCCAUCAGUUCUGUGCUCAAAGAUCCAGACAGCAAUCCAUACAGCUUACUUGAUAAUACAGAAUCAGAUCAGACUGCAGACACUGAUGCCAGCGAAUCUCAUCACAGUACUAACCGUCGUAGGCGGUCUCGUAGACGAAGGACUGAUGAAGAUGCUGUUCUGAUGGAUGGAAUGACUGAAUCUGAUACAGCUUCAGUUAAUGAAAAUGGGUUAGUCACAGUUGCAGAUUAUAUUUCUAGAGCUGAGUCUCAGAGCAGACAAAGAAACCUCCCAAGGGAAACUUUGGCUAAAAACAAGAAAGAAAUGGCAAAAGAUGUGAUUGAAGAGCAUGGUCCUUCAGAAAAGGCAAUAAAUGGCCCAACUAGUGCUUCUGGCGAUGAAAUUUCUAAGCUACAGCGUACUCCAGGAGAAGAAAAGAUUAAUACCUUAAAAGAAGAAAAUACUCAAGAAGCAGCAGUCCUGAAUGGUGUUUCAUAAACUGAAGAAGUUCCUAGUUUACAGUUCUUUUACAUUACAUUUUACAAUAGUGCUUGUACAAGCUUGCCAAAGAUAGAAUAUGGAUCGCCAGUCUUUACAUCGCACUUUCAGUUCCUCCAUUUGGAAUUCAGAAAGGGGAGGGAUCCUGAAGAAAUCAUAUGUUAAACAUACUUUGACACCUACUGUGUUAUAAAAUAUUAUCAUCAGAUGUGCCUUGAGAAUAGUAUAUGUAACAUUAAAAAAAGUUGCUGGCUAUAGGA